GUUCAGGAGUGAUCUAAAACAUGUUGCCAGGCCGAUCUCCAGCCCGCCAGUAUCACAUGCAUUAUCACGUAAUGCAUAGAACGUCAAUGAGGAUUGGGCGGCAUAAAUUUAAUCUUUGUUUUAUCCUAUUCCAUCCGUCACACUUGAUUACUUGGGAGCUUAUCUCAAAAAUUUAUUCAUCCGGCGUAGCGCCUCAAGCCGGUCUAGCAUUCAAACCCCGUCCAAGCUUCCCUGCAGGCCAUCCCAAAAGAGGCAGCUGAAAGCCAAGUGGCAGUCUAUGCAGGAUACUAGUAUGGCUGAAAAAUCACAUCCAGAAACAGGCCUAGCGACCCAAUAUCUGGUGAUAAAGGCUCAUAUAAUGCCGUUAACUAUUGACAGCACAUUGGGGCUACUCCUUUCUACCAUUUUUCAUCCGAUUUGGUGCUGGUUCACGGCGUUGGUCAUUGUACAUGCUUUGCCUGUGUCUGCCGCCUAUUUAGUACCCGUCUGCGUGCUUAUCACCCUGGGCUACACUCUUUUCCAUGCCAACUACAAAUACAAAACCCGGGGUGUAUGGCUGAAAAUCGAUCCUAAAUCCGAUAAGGUCGUGAUUACCGGUGGUUCCAGAGGGCUAGGAAUGGCUAUCGUCAGGGCCUUGUGCACUGCUUACCCUAGCCUUCCUAUCAUGAUUCUCGAUGUGGUUGAGCCACUGGUUAGCAACGAAUGCAGCAAUGUAUCCUUCCGAAGAACGGAUUUGUCAAAACUUGACAGUCUUCUGGGGGUGCUACAGGAGCUUGACGCUGGUUUUGGGGACGCAACUAUCGUGAUCAACAACGCGGGAAUCCGCCAUGACGAACCAUUUGUGGACCUAUCCGACGAGCAGGUGAUGAAGAUAUACAACGUCAACACCUUUGCCCCCAUGCGUAUCAUCAAACACUACGUUGGAAAAGCGACAAAGCCGGACUCUAUCAAGCACCCCAACCGUCUUUACGUCGCCACGGUGUCGUCGAUUCUCGGAACACUCGGCCCUGCCAAUCUUUCGGUCUAUUCCGCCACCAAGGCUUCACUUAUCCAGCUUCACGAAUCCAUUUCCCACGAGCUUUCACCGCAGUUCCGUGACUCUGUCCGCUUUUUGGUGAUGACUCCUGGCCAGUUGAACACGGCUAUGUUUCUGGAUAUUUCCCCACCCAACGGGUUCUUGGCUCCAAUCGUAGACUCCUCAGAGAUCGCAACGCUGCUUGUGACGGCAAUUGAACACGGAGAAAGAGGGAAUCUCUGUGUUCCUCUCUAUUCAAACUUUCUUCCUGGAGUCAAGUGUUUGCCUUUUGCGGUGCAAGAAGCGUGUCGGUGGUUUAGCGCCAUGGAUGAAAAGGUCAAGCCCGCCUGAGGGUUUUCUAUUCACUGGUUUACCCCUAGAAUAUGACUAUGAGAAUCCUUGACACUCCACAGUAGUGAGUGGUGCACUGUUCAAGUCUUGGAGGGUGGAUAUAUUUUGGAAACAUGGACAGUUGAAACUGAGUCUGUUAGUGUACCGUGGUAUGGUUAUCGGCCUGACUACUCCAAAAAUUAUGGAAAAUUCUCACAUGCCUAUUUAUGCUAAGGUGAACGGCUUUACUGCCCACCAUCCGCUAUAAUAUUACCAUUGGACAGUAUGACUCGCCGUAUCUAACGCAACAUUAGUGUGUUAGCAUAUACUCCCUCUCACUGCAUUGUCCAGUAGAAAAAUUAUAGAAGAUAAAAUACUAAAAUUAGUUGUAUAAAGUUACUCAUAAUUAAGGAUAAAG